CUUAUAUUCAAGUUUCGCGGCAAACGUCUGCCCCUCUCUCUCUCUCUCCCUAUAAACUCCUCAUUCCUACACGGAUCUGCUUGAUUUUCUCUCUAUCUCUCUCUCUAAAUCCCUACCGAAUUCGUUACUCUUCCUCUCCGGUCGUCUUAAAUCCCAGAACUUUGAUGUUUGCCAGAGAGAAGAAAGGUUGGUCAUGGCCCCAACAAGGAAAUCUAGGAGUUUGAACAAGCAGUUUUCAAAUCAUUCUGAGGUGUCUCCAGAUAAAAACAAUGGAAACCCAAUCAAAUCCCGGCAACGGAAGAGGAAGUUGUCCGACUUGUUAGGAUCUCAAUGGAGCAAGGAAGAGCUUGAGCGUUUCUAUGGAGCCUAUAGGAAGUACGGGAAAGAUUGGAAGAAGGUGGCCAAUGUGCUACCCAGUAGAUCUCUUGAAAUGGUUGAGGCCCUUUACAAUAUGAACAAGGCAUAUCUAUCUUUGCCAGAGGGGACAACUUCUGUGGUUGGCUUGAUUGCAAUGGUGACUGAUCACUAUAAUGUCCUGGAAGAAUGUGUCGGUAACGAGGAGAGCAAUGAUGCUUCUCAGAUAUCCAUGACGCCUCAGAAACGUGGGCAAGGAAAAGUUCAGUAUAUUGCAUCAAAAGAUGAUCCUUUAUUAUCUCCACCAGUUGCCUCAAUAAAUGAUGGAUGUUUGCCCCUGUGGAAGCAGCUCUCUGACGGGUGUGUUAAGCGGAAAAGGACACCUCGCUUCCAAGUUGCAUGCUCAUCCCGAAAAGAUGACAAAGACAGCCAUGUUUCACCUAAUAGAAGUGGUCGAAAGACGGAUUGGGCUGAUGAUGUUGAAAAUGCGGCAGCAUCAGUAUUAACAAAGGCUUGUCAGAGGGGAGGCUCGCCCCAUGUGUCUCAAUCGCCAUUCAAGAAAGAUCACAUGACAUCCUCACCUUUCCAAAGCCGGCUCUCACAAUCAGAGAUGGAUAAGUCCAAGAUUCUUGGUCCUGCAAUUGAUAAAGACUCUUUGGAAGGUAGUUUAGGCUUCAGGGUGGAAGAGAAUGGAGGCUAUACCAGGGAAAUAAGUGCUUUGAGGAAUAAAAAAAGUUUUGGCGUGUUAAAACUUUAUAAAAAGGGGAAACAAGUUUAUAUUAAAAGGAGAAAAUCUGAUAAUAUCAGAAUUGACCACUGUGGUGAUGAUUGGAAAUCAUGUAGCCACAUGGGAAAUGGUCUUAAUGAUACUGAUAUGAAGGAAGACAUUGACAUUGAAGUUUCAAAUCCAAGAUUAGAGCAGUCCUCUUUGGGUAAAUGUAAGACGAAGAGAAACAAGAAACUUUUUUUUGGAGAUGAAAACCCAGACUUGGAUGCCCUGCAAACAUUGGCAGAUUUGUCUUCAAUGAUGCCAGCUUCAACAAUGGAAUCUGAACCCUUUGUGCAGUUGGAGGAAAAACAAGCUUUUGAUUUAGCUAUUGGGUCAAGUGGACACGUGGCUGUGCCUAAACAGAAGAAAAAUGGUGCCAGGGAGAAAGUGCAACAUGGAUUUUCUGGUGAAGAGGCUUCAAUUACUGAAAGAUCCAAACUUGGCGGUGACUUAGCAAGCCGAGCUAAUGCUAUCUCCGAAGGAGAGCAGCAGUCCCUGUCGGCCAAUAAACCAUGGAAAAGGAAACGCAAAUUCUCAUCAUUAAAGGUCUCAGCCGAAGAAGAUGAAAAACUUGUGAUUAAAAAUGGAAGUACUGGUAAAAUGCUUUCUCCUUUAAAACACGGGGAGUCUAUCAGGCCUGCAGAGUGUUCUUCAAGUAGUGAUAAAACAAGUCCUCAGAAUGAUUCAGCAGUAUCAACUGCAGAGGUUCCUGUUGAGACCCAUGCUACUUUACCAAUCAAACAAAGUAAGCGCAAGAUGGUGCCAGGAAGAUCAAAAAGUCAGAAACCGAUGAAGUUUCCAGGGAACACUUUAUAUGAGGCUAAUAAACACUCUACAGUUCAAGGGGUACCUUUAAAGGAUAAUCUUUCUUGUUGCCUAUCAUCCUCAUUGACACGUCGAUGGUGCACAUUUGAGUGGUUUUAUAGUGCUAUCGAGUACCCUUGGUUUGCUAAAAGGGAGUUUGUGGAGUACUUAAAUCAUGUGGGUCUGGGCCACAUUCCGAGGCUAAGUCGUGUUGAGUGGGGUGUCAUAAGAAGUUCCCUAGGUAAACCCCGGAGGUUCUCCGAACUCUUCCUGCAUGAAGAGAAGGAAAAGCUUAAGCAGUACCGACAAUCUGUUAGGAAACACUACACUGAACUUCGUGCUGGUAUCCAGGAUGGACUACCGAAAGAUUUGGCCUGCCCCUUAUCGGUUGGACAGCGAGUAGUUGCUCUUCAUCCAAAAUCAAGGGAAGUUCAUGAUGGAAGUGUGCUCACAGUUGACCAUGACAAGUGCAGGAUUCAAUUUGACCGCCCUGAUCUUGGGGUUGAAUUUGUUAUGGAUAUUGAUUGCAUGCCUUCAAAUUCACUGGAAAAUAUGCCAGAAGAUCUAAGACGGCAGAAUAUUGGAAUUGAUAAAAUUUCUAUGAAUUCUUGCGAACCAAGAACCAGACAAUCGAAUACUGGGGAGUCUGUGGUACUUUCUCCAAAUGAACAUCCGGAGAAUGCAUGCAGUCCCAUCCACAUUCUGGUGAAUCAGGGUGAUGUGACUUGUGCUGUUUCAAAAGCUAAAGCAACACCAGUCGAUAUUGUUAAUGCUCCGCAAGCAGCUUGUGGUCAUCCUUUUAUGGAGGUGCACAAACAAGCAAGGGAAGCAGAUACACGGGCUCUAACCAAGCAGGAUCAUGCUCCAAACAAAAAGGUCUCUUCUGCUGUGCUUAAUUUGAGGCCAUGCAACACAUACCCUGGGAACUCCUUGUCUCCAAGGAUGAAGCCUUCAGCCACAUCAGGUGGCGUUAAUGGCCCCACAAGUUCUAUGGAACAUCAUUUAAUUAGUGAUCUAGAUUCAGAAUUGGGAUCUGAUGUUGUUGAGAUUGUCCAAGAUUCGAGAUUUAAAGCACAGACAAUGGUGGAUACUGCUAUGCAGGCAAUGUCUUUGAUAAAGGAAGGGGAAGAUGCUUUUGAGAGGAUUGGAGAGGCAUUAGAUGCUUUUGACAAGGGAAAAUUGACGCCAAAUUGUGGAUUAGCAGUUAAUGGAGAUAUUGUUGAGCACAGGUUGUCUUCUUCUACCCCAGAGACGCUGCAGAAAGGUUAUGCAUCUGCUACCAAGUUGCAUAAUGAUAGUGAGAAAAUUGAAGAAGAAAUCUCGUCAGAGCUCAUCACUACCUGUGUUGCUACUCUGCUCAUGGUGCAGACAUUUACUGAACGACAUCCGCUAGCCAACGUUGCACAGAUACUGGAUUCUUCCGUGAGGAGCUUGCACCCUUGCUGCCCUCAAAACCUUCCCAUCUAUAGGGAGAUACAAAUGUGCAUGGGAAAGAUCAAAACCCAGAUUCGAGCUCUUGUACCAACUUGAACUCUUGACUGCUACUUUUUUUGAUCUCGAAAUAAAUGUAAAUAUCUUGUUGACACUUGGUUUCAUGCCCCUUUAAUUUUCCAGAAAAUUUUCAUUCUUUUUUCCUCCGUUUCUUAUUUAUAUUUCGGCUAUCCAAUAGGGAUAUACACCUCUACUAGUGAGAUUUUGUGUGUGCAUAGCUCUACUGAUCAUCAUAGUGAUAAAUAAGAAUGGUUUGUUGUCUCUGCAAGAAA